UCCGCGACAAGCCCCACUACCAGUAGUGCGUCGGACACAAAACCAGAAGAGCCAUCUUCGACUGCUGCCAGUUCGCAUGGACCACACAAAUCGAAGUUUAUCGAAAACUUGAAGGCCACGAUUAAGUAUAUCAUGUCGACCAUGGGCAAUGGGCUCACACGGAAGCUGCUACAAGCUGAUAUAUCGAUGGAAUGUAGCCUCGGCAUGCUGAAGUUCAUGCGCGCAGUCCAGGAGCUCGAGCCGUGGGCCAUGAGAGUGGUUGACUCUACGGCCAAGUACCCGAACGGCAUGCUCCAGGCUUCCACGGCAGACCUGGGCGCUUACGACGAGUGCAUCGAAACAGUUGUGCGAGACGAAUACGGCGAUGUGAAAGUGCGGGGCCAGUACUGCAACGUUCACGUGUCCCUCGGCGACGAUCACUCCUUCAUUGGCGACAUACUCCCCGCAUUUUUCUACUCACACAGGAGGGCCCAAAACUUUACUUCCUACGUGACGGACGAGAGGCUGCCUGGUCUACGUCUCGGCAUGUGCUUCGUGAACUCAUGUAACGAGAAAGACCUUACCAACAUCGCCAAAACACUAAUGGGAAACGUGGCCAAAAUUGUCGUGAAGAACUGCGUGACAAACGAGGAUGAAGGGAUCAACAAGACACAAGCCUGGAUAAUAGGUUACUUGGCGGUCCUCGCGGCAGUUAUUGUUGCGGCUACGGGCUUUGAGCUGCUCACGGAAAACUGGGACAAGAGAUGCAAAAACGGUGUUCCAUACAGGUGCGUUGUGGCGUUCUCAGCGUUGUCAAACACAAGGCUCAUUCUGAGCGUCAACAAGGACAAAGAUUCGGAAACUUACUCGUACCGCUUCAUGCAUGGCAUCCGCUUCCUCAGCAUCUUCUGGAUUUGCCUUGGACAUUCCUACGGGACAAUCACCGAAAACAUAACGAGGCUUGUGAACGCCCUUCACUACUUCGAGCACUGGGAAACACUGAUUGUGACGGCUGGGUACUUGGCUGUGGACAGCUUCUUCUUUUUCAGUGGAUUUUUAUUGUACUACACCCUCAGCAAACAAAAGCGCAACCGAGUUGUCGUGGCUGUGGUGGCAAUCAUCAGAAGGUACAUAAGGGCCACCGUCCCACUCUUCUUCAUGAUCAUGUGCAUGUACCUGCUGCCGCUGAUAGCGACGGGACCCAACUCGAAAGAAUUCUACAACAAAUUCUACGCCGAAAUGCGCAAGCACUGGUGGGACUUGCUCUUUCAGCUGCGUAACUGGAGGGCGGACGAAGAAGUGUCCACCAUGCCUCACCUGUGGUACCUUUCUGCAGACUACCAGUUCUUCCUGGUUGCGCUGAUAAUUAUCCUGGUGUUUAGAACGAGAAAGUGGCUGGUUGCGUUAAUCUUCAGUGUGUUAUCGCUCGUGUCUUGCGGCAUCGCUGCCUGGCAGAUAUAUGGGACCAACAUGACACCGUUCCUUGUGCCAGUGGCAAGUGAGUUCGGUACUGUGAUGGACACGUUGAACCACUAUUACAUGCUUCCAUUCUACCACGGCGUCUGCUACUUCUCCGGAUGCCUAACAUUCCUCCUCGUCGAGAAAUACGGAAAAACAAAAAUUUCAAAGAUGAUCCAGGCGUCUCUGUGGUGCAUCAGCUUGUUCUGUGGCCUGUACUGCUUGUUCAUGAAGAUCGAGUGGUACCGAAGCAGUGAACGGGCUGCCGAGUCCAAGCGCAUGUUUUACGCUUUCACUGACCGUAUCCUGUGGUCUAUUUGUGUGGCGUGGUUUGUCUUCACCUGCUCUACUGGCAGAGGAGGAAUCGUCAACCGCUUUCUGUCCUGGAAUGGAUUUGUGCCACUGAGCCGGCUGUCGUUCGGCGUGUAUCUCAUCCACUCGCCGUUCUUCAUCCUCAUGUACCACAUCGCCAGGGAACGUGUCUUCUUCUCACACUUCACGCUGGUAUCCCAAUGCUUCGCGGUCGUGGUGUGGAGCUACAUUUUAAGCUACUUCCUCUUCAUCGCCUGCGACGCUCCGACGGGACAGCUCGAUAAGUUGGUGUUCAUGCGCGAGCGGCGAAAGGAACCGUCUCGGGCGGGCGUCGUGGCCAAUGGCGUCCAUCACAAACGGCAACAACAACGCCAGGGACUUGCCCGUCGGCAUCAUCGAGGAGGGCCCGAUCAAGAACUACUUCUCCGGGAUUGUGCCUCCUUCUUUAGGAAGUCGCGACGACGGCUGCUGCGCCGAGAAGAGUUGCCGCCUGUGAUCUUUAAAGCACGCCAACAAAAGCACGCUCGUUGUUGUUGGACAAUCUGCUUGAGCAGCGGCAAUAUUCCGACGAUCGAUGCUUCUCCGCGCGGCUACUGUAUAGUUUGCACUCGCUCCCCCGGCCUAGCCUAAACGUUCUGAGAGAAA